AUGGAUAAAGCAAAUCCUUUAAGUACUCCUAUGGUUAAUCGAUCAUUGAAUGUUGAAACUGAUCCAUUUCGUCCUUGUGGAGAAAAUGAGGAUAUUCUUGGUCCUGAAGUACCAUAUCUCAGUGCAAUCAUAGCACUUAUAUAUCUCGCUAAUUGCACUCGUCCUGACAUAUCCUUUUCUAUCAAUUUAUUAGCAAGAUUCAGUUCAGCUCCCACGAAGAGACAUUGGAAUGGAAUCAAACAUAUAUUACGUUAUCUUCGUGAAAGCACUGAUCUUGGUUUAUUUUAUUCUAACGAUUCAAAUCUAGAAUUGAUUGGUUAUGCAGAUGCCGAUUAUUUAUCUGAUCCUCCUAAGGUUAAGUCUCAAACUGGAUAUGUAUUUACAAGUGGAGCCACUUCCUCAAAUCAUGCUGAACUUAUUGCAUUACAUGAAGUAAGUAGGGAAUGUGUGUGGCUCAGAUCAAUAACACAACACAUUCAAGAAUCUUGUGGUCUUCCAGUCCAUAAAAGUCCAACUGCUCUAUAUGAAGAUAAUGCUGCAUGCAUAGCACAAAUCAAGAAAGGAUACGUCAAGAGUGACAGAACCAAACAUAUACCUCCAAGAUUCUUUUCAUACACUCAUGAACUCAUAAAGAAUCAAGAAAUUGACAUCUAG